AUGGCCGGAACGUCAUCGGAUCAAAGAAAACCUCAUCCUCUCUUUUCUCCAUACAAAAUGGGCAAGUUCAAUCUCUCUCACAGGGUGGUGCUAGCGCCUAUGACACGGUGCAGAGCUUUGAAUGGAAUUCCACAGCCAGCCCUCGUUGAAUACUACACGCAGAGAGCAACUGACGGUGGAUUUCUCAUCACCGAGGGGACGAUGAUCUCACCCACAGCCGCCGGGUUUCCGCACGUGCCGGGAAUAUACUCAAAAGAACAAGUGGAGGCAUGGAAGAAAGUGGUGGAUGCAGUCCAUGGCAAGGGUGGUGUUAUAUUCUGUCAACUGUGGCAUGUCGGCCGAGCAUCUCAUCAAGUGUAUCAACCUGGUGGGGCUGCACCAAUAUCAUCCACGAGCAAGCCCAUCUCAAAGAGAUGGAGAAUACUAAUGCCAGAUGCAACGCAUGGGACCUACCCAGAGCCUCGUGCACUGGCAACCUACGAGAUAGCAGAGGUGGUGGAACACUAUCGCCAGUCAGCACUCAAUGCCAUUGAAGCAGGUUUUGAUGGUAUUGAAAUCCAUGGAGCCCAUGGCUACCUCAUUGACCAGUUCUUAAAGGAUGGAAUAAAUGACCGUACAGAUGAAUAUGGUGGCUCGAUUGCAAACCGAUGCAAAUUCCUAAUUCAAGUGGUUCAAGCAGUGGUUGCAGCCAUUGGUGCAGAUCGGGUUGGUGUUAGAAUGUCACCAGCAAUCGAUCACCUCGAUGCCAUGGAUUCUGAUCCUCUCAACCUAGGCCUGGCAGUGGUCGAAAGACUUAACAAGCUCCAGCAAGAUGUUGGCUCAAAACUUGCUUAUCUCCAUGUGACCCAGCCACGGUACACAGCUUAUGGCCAGACAGAGGCAGGUAGGCAUGGCAGUGAAGAUGAGGAGGCCCGACUAAUGAGAACUUGGCGAAGAGCUUAUUGGGGAACUUUCAUUUGCAGUGGUGGAUUUACCAGGGAACUAGGAAUGGUAGCUGUGGCUCAAGGUGAUGCUGAUUUGGUGUCGUAUGGUCGCCAUUUUAUCUCAAAUCCUGACUUGGUUACGAGACUCGAGCUCGAUGCACCUCUAAAUCGGUAUGUUAGGGCUACUUUCUAUACACAAGACCCUGUUGUAGGGUACACUGACUACCCUUUUCUAAGCAAGGGAAAUGGCAGCAAACUACCAUUGUCACGACUCUAA